CCCAAACUAUCAGUGGGGAAUUAUAUAAAGCUCAUCCUGUCUUUAAACCAAAGCAUUUCUCCAACAGAGACACACAUUCUUCUGCACGCUACAGGAUGUCUGCACACAUCAGACCAGUAUCUCCUGUAUUUGUGGUGCUCGUCUGUCUGGCAUUCUGUAGCAGGCUAAGCAGCAUGAAAGCAGCAUCCAUCUGUACCAAUGGCCAGACCGGAUGCCACUUUAUCUCCCUGGCCAACCUUUUUGACCGGGUCAUUCAGCACUCAGCGAGGAUGCAUGGCAUAUCGAAUGACCUUCACUCUGAAUUUGAACUGUACUUCCUUCCCAGUAAGAACCAGAUUGGCCGGGUCAGUCACAACUGCCAUACGUCAACCAUUCUAACUCCAAAUGGCAAAGAGAAUGCUCAGAGAAUAGCGAGAGAGGAACUGACGGAGGUGAUUCUGAAACUCCUGGUUGCAUGGCGAGAUCCUCUGUGGCAUUUUCACCAGGAUAUAGCUCAACACCAUGAAUUCAAUAACUUCAGCUCAAAUAAGUCUCUGGAAAUGAGCGACAUGGUGCAUGAACUACGGAAAGGUGUGCAAAAAGUGGUUGAAAAGAUGCAGAUGCUGGGAAUAAUAAGCCCCUCUAUUGGCAACCUGGGUACCCCUGAGGCUCUGUUGGCAUCUGAUAGUGCUGAAUGGCGACUCAUGAACGACUAUGAUCUCCUCUACUGCUUUCGCCGUGAUUCAAACAAGAUCCAGCACUACCUGAAGAUCCUGAAGUGUCGUAUAGUUCCUGAACAUGGAUGCUGAAAGGAAAACAACAGCUCCUGGUGUGUUGGACUCCCAGCUGUGAAAUGAAAAUACUCAAUUUAAAAACAACACAUAUCCUGAUUUACUGUGCUUUUUAACUGCAGACAGAUCAGGCAUAAAUUAGCUACACUUAUAAUUUGUUCAGUUCUGUCAUGAAUGAAGACCUGCUGACAAGCAGAGACUCUGCUUACUAUGUACUUCAUGUAUGAUUUUACCUUGAAAUCUUCAGCAGAAGAAUGGACAUAAUGUAAAACAUGUUUACAACUGUCAUGUAAAAUGCACAAUGUAUUGAAGAAUGUUUGUAUUGUAUAGCAAACAUUACUAGAAAAAAUAUAUCAUUGUCAUUUCAA